AUGCUUUACACAAUCUUACUUCUCUGUAUUGUAUUAUCAGCAAUCCCAGUAGACGGUCUGACUUGCAAACAUUCGGGAAGGCGUGCGUUGUGCUACACUCGUUCAAAGAAAAUAUCUUACACGGGAAGUUUGUCAAACUGUGUGAAAGUGUGCAAGACCAAGGAAGUUCGAGUCGCCGAUAAGACCUGUGACGCCUGCCGGAAGAAGUUCAUCAUUGACGAGCUUUUUGACGACGACUCCAACAGUUACCACUGCGGAAACAACACCGACAACACCACCACGCCUUCAGUAUUGACUUGUUUAGAUAUAAGAAUGGCUUGUUCGGGGUGUAACCACAGAUCGAAAAAACCAACUCGAUUCUGUAAGAAGUGCCAUGAAGAGCUGAAGCGUUGCCGCAAGUAUGAGCGGAGAACGCUACCAACAACGACGACGGUAUCAACAACAAGAAAGAGAUUUGAAGGACCAUGGCCUGCAAAGGAAUGCCCGAAGUUAUGGUUAGAGUUUGACUGGUUUUGUCGCAUGAAAGCAACCACCAGAUACUGCAAAUAUGUCGCUGUCCAAAUGGAGAACAAGUACUGUUACAACCACAAAUACUUUCGAAAUCGUCCAGAAUGA